AUGGCGCUAGCUAUGGCAACCCUUUACCACAGUAUAUGUUCGUGCUCUAUAAUGUAGUUAUAUCGACAACUAAGUACAGCGAAAAAAAUUUAAAUUUGAGAUGUUGUCAUGUCGAAUUUAUAUUCUUUUUUGGGGCGAUAUGCUACGGCAGUCGGCUGCUCCUUUAUUGCGUGCUGCUUUGGGGAUGAAACCUCGGAAGUACAAGUGGAGGCUGCUGCGGGAAUUUGAUC